UAAUCGUCUAGUCAAUUUUAAUCAUCUGAAAGCAAAAGAAAACAAAAAAAAAAAAGUCAUGGAUUCAUUCUCGUCCUUCUUCGAUUCACAACCUGGUAGCAGAAGCUGGAGCUAUGAUUCUCUCAAGAACCUCCGUCAGAUUUCCCCGGCUGUCCAGAACCAUCUUAAGCGGGUUUAUCUUACUCUGUGUUGUGCUCUGGUUGCGUCUGCGUUUGGGGCUUACCUCCACGUCCUCUGGAACAUCGGUGGUAUUCUCACUACCAUUGGAUGCGUUGGAAGCAUGAUUUGGCUGCUCUCUUGUCCUCCUUAUCAACAACAAAAGAGGCUUUCACUUCUCUUUAUCUCUGCCGUUCUUGAAGGUGCUUCAGUUGGUCCCUUGAUCAAAGUGGCAGUUGAUUUUGACCCAAGCAUCCUUAUCACUGCGUUUGUGGGAACUGCGAUAGCCUUUAUCUGUUUCUCAGGAGCAGCGAUGCUGGCAAGACGCAGAGAGUAUCUCUACCUCGGAGGACUCCUUUCAUCUGGCUUGUCCAUGCUUAUGUGGCUUCAGUUCGCCUCUUCCAUCUUCGGUGGCUCUGCAUCUAUCUUUAAGUUCGAGCUCUACUUUGGACUCUUGAUCUUUGUGGGAUACAUGGUGGUGGACACUCAAGAUAUUAUAGAGAAGGCCCACCUCGGUGACAUGGACUACGUGAAACAUUCCUUGACCCUUUUCACCGAUUUUGUAGCUGUGUUUGUUCGUAUCCUAAUCAUAAUGCUGAAGAACUCGGCAGAUAAAGAAGAGAAAAAGAAGAAGAGGAGGAACUGAGACUAAAAGUGAGAAAGAAAGCUAAUAGAGAGUGGGUGAUAUAACUACAUGAAAGCUUUGGUGUUUUUACUUGUUUGAGACGGUUUUGCUAAAAACACAUGUUACCUUAUUUGUGUAUUCCUCUAAGUGGCUCCCGAUUGUAAAUGGAUCUAGUGGUGUUCGUUUUUCGUUCAUGAUCUUAGUACUGUUUAAAAAAAUAUUAGUUGGGGA